AUGUCAGCCUCCAUGAGAACGUGUAUUGUGAGACGACCUACUGUAAUUAAACAGUAUUUUGGUAUCACAAGUUGUCAGAAUGUGUUGACUGGCGGGGCGUUUCGAAGAAAAAUAUUUACUCACGCUGCACGUGAUAACCUGAAAAAGAUUCCCAUAUACCAGUGUGGCUCUCAUUGGCAACAAACAAAAGGAUUUCACAACAGUUCCGCUCUAUGGACUGUAGAAGAAACAGCAAACACAGAAUCAGUGGAAGAUGAUUUUCAUACUAUCAUCAAAAAUACAGAAAGAUCUAAAGGUCCCUCAGACAAACUUGAGUUCCAGGCAGAGACUAGGAAACUGUUGGACAUUGUUGCGAGAUCGCUGUACAGUGAGAAAGAGGUGUUUAUUAGAGAGUUGAUAUCCAACUCAAGCGAUGCUCUUGAAAAACUUCGUUACAAACAAAUGGCUGAUGGUGACAUAGAGGACAGUGACCUCCCCUUGGAAAUCGAUAUUGCUGGUGAUGAGACGAAGAAAACAAUCACUAUUCAGGAUACUGGUAUUGGUAUGACAAGAGAAGAAAUGGUAAAAAAUCUGGGAACAAUUGCUCAUUCUGGAUCUAAGGCUUUCUUGGACUCAAUGAAGGACAGUUCUGAUGCUAGCAAGAAUAUUAUUGGCCAGUUUGGUGUAGGUUUUUACUCAUCAUUCAUGGUAGGAAAUAAAGUUGAUGUUUACAGUAAAUCAUGCAUACCAGGGUCCCAAGCAUACAAAUGGUCCUCUGAUGGUACUGGUACCUUUGAACUAGCAGAAGCAGAGGGUGUACAGAGGGGAACCAAGAUUGUAAUUCAUCUCAAGCCAGAAAGUCAUGAGUUCUGUGUGGAGAGCUACAUCAAAGAUGUAAUAACAAAAUACAGUAACUUUGUUGGAGUUGAUAUCUACCUUAAUGGCAAGAAAGUUAAUGUUGUACAGGCUCUAUGGACGCUGGAACCAAGGGACGUAACUGAAGAAAUGCAUGAAGAGUUCUACAGACUGAUUGCCAACACAUAUGACAUACCUAGAUACAGUCUACAUUACAAAACUGAUGCCCCGCUCAAUAUAAGAGCCAUUUUCUACGUACCUAAAUACAAACCAUCAUUGUUUGACAUGAGUCGUGAGACAGAAGUUAGUCUACAGCUGUACAGUAGGAAAGUUAUGAUCAUGUCCAAGUCCAACACAAUUCUUCCAAAAUGGCUCAGAUUUAUGAAAGGAGUUGUUGACAGUGAAGACAUUCCACUCAAUUUAAGCAGAGAGUUGUUACAAGACAGUGGAUUGAUCAAUGUGACCGCCCAGGAUGGUAUGUAGGAAUGCUAGCUGAUGGCACAACUGGUCUCUACCCAGCCGACUACUUCAAACCUAGUCCAGUUAGUGCACAAAGUGAAGCUUAAACUCAACUGGUCUUGUCUGAUGGAUCAGCUUUAAAACCAUAACCUGCUGAAUUUGUAUAAAAUCAACUGAACAGAUGUGAAAAGCUGGCCAGACUCUAUACUUGUAACAAAGUCUGAUCAUUUUUGGUUCCAGCAAGAUAACACUUAACAGAGCCAUAUUGAUAUGAUAUCAAGAAAUUGUGAUUAGUUGUUUUGAAUGAGUGUUGAAGAAUCUUAGGCUAAUGUUAACUAAAUAAAAUGAAUUUAGAAGCUGUAAGAACUUCUUAGAUCACAUAGUUUAGCCAAUUGAGUAAUAUACAGACUUACCAUGACGUAUUGACAGGUUAUACUGUUAGGCUCCUGUGGAGUGAUAUUGUCAGUAUGUGUCUUUUAUCAAAACGUGGACAAGCUUUUAAAAUGUUGGUUGGUAACGAUAUAUCAUCAUUGAUAUUGGCAAUUUGUGAGAAAUAAUGGCUCCCGUUUUAGAUUGGUAUUGGUCUGUACUUGGUAGAGAAUAGAAUGUGAACUGCAGGGCUAAUUAGAAUACAGGAGGUCAAUUCAUAUGUCAAUACUCGGUUAUAUACAGUAGUAGGACCAAUGGGAUUAAAUCAAAACUGAACAUAAUAUGAAUCUAACCAAUGGGAUCAGAACAAAAUAUAAUAAAUAUUUAGCAAAUGUGAUCAGAACAGAUUAGAGCAUAAUAUAAAUCUAACCAAUGGGAUCAGAACAGAAUUUAAAUCUAACCAAUAGGAUCAGAACAUGAUAAAAAUCUAACCAAUUGGAUCAGAAUAUGAUAUAAAUCUAACCAAUUAAAUCAGAACAUGGUCAAAAUCUAACCAAUGGGAUCAGAACAUAAGUAACCAAUGGGUUCAGAACAUGAUAAAAAAUUUACCAAUGGGAUCAGAACAUGAUAAUAAAAAAUUACCAAUGGGAUCAGAACAUAAUAAAAAUCUAACUAAGCGGAUCAAAACAUUGUAAAAAUCUAACCAAUGGGAUCAGAACAUAAUAUAAAUCUAACUAAUGGGAUCAGAGCAGAAAAUUUUAAAAACCUAAUAAAUGGGAUUAAAAUGGAGCAGAAGAGAACAUGAUAGGAGUUAAUGCAGUUAUAUAUCAAUUAAUUGAUUGAGAUAUAAAUGUUUUGCAGCAGACACGGAUUGUACAUGAUGAAGGUGGCAGUUACUGCUAUACUGUUUUAUUUAUCAGAUAUUAUAAUUUAUAUACUUACAGAUAUAGAUACUAUAUGUACAUUGAUAAUGCCUUUUAUUGUUAAUGUAUGAUUGCUGUACAUGAGAUUUUUAUUUUUGCUUUUAUCGUAUGUAUGUAUCAGUGCAAUUGUUAAACUGUGCAAGUUGUCUCACUUAGUUUGUUUUUAAAUUGAUUUUUUUUAAUAGUUAUUUCAAAUUGAUAUUCUGUUGACAGUAUGCUUAAAGAUCUAACAAGAAGCUUAUUUCUUCUUUCAUUGUAAUCAUAUGAAAAUGAACUACAUAUUCAUAUGUUUAUGUUAGAUUUAGUUUUUUGUCUAAUAUCUAUUGAAGUUUCACUCUUAAGACAGCACCAAAUUGAAUUCUUAAUUAUAUAGUGAAAUUACUACAAUAGCAGAUCAUUUUUUGUCUUUCAUACUUCAUGUACUUUGAUCCGAUUUAAUUGCUUUUAAAAAUGGACAAUUUGGAAAUUAUUGAAGUGAUAUGGUUAUCAAAAAAUUAAAUUUAUUUAUACAUGUACAAAUGUAUAUAGUGUACAAUUGGACUGCUUUCCAUGUACAUGUACCUCAGUCUUGAUUGUUUUUAUGCUUAAAUCUUUCAGUUCUUGGAAGGUCUUUAAGCUUACAUAAUUGAUUGCAAAGUCUCAGAUUUUAUUAUCGCAACAAAAUUGUACUUUGUAUUCAUGCUUUGUACACCUAUCUCUCAUUUUCAUUUUGUCUAUGUUAGGAAUAUUUGUUUGGCUGCGUGGUUGAAGUAGGUUACCAACUUGAAUCACUCAUGCCUCACAGUUGUGUGUUGGAAUUCUGUUACAAAUUUUUAGAUAUUUUUUCUUUCUGUGAAUUUUUUUAUCCAGCUACCUUACCUAGCAAACUGCUCUGGUGUCCUCUCUAUACCUGAAAUAAUGCUUAUAGGGACACCUGAGGUUGUCCUCCAUGGGUAAAGCUGAAAAAUUGCCAUAAACCUUUACAGUGUGAAUGCUUCUUACAGCUUUACCAUAAAUAUGCAUUUCUUUAAACACUUCAAUGUACCAAAAAUAUACAUUUUGUAUAAUAUUAUGUAAGAAAAUGCUAAGCUUUAAUAAUUCUUUUCUGUCUUAACUUACUAGUGUUUACUUAUUUUGUACCCAAAAAAAACCCCAAACACAAUUAUUGUUUUAUUUUGUGUUUGGUUGCCAUGGAUACUGUCUGCUACAUUAUAAGAUAAUCUACAGUGCUGAUCUUUAUUGUGUAACUAGUGCUAUUUAAAUGCAAUGUUAUGUCUUUCAUUUAUUUAUUUGCUUUUUUAAAGAGAUUUUGUUUAUUUUUGUCUCGGAUAUAUGCUUUGUUUACAGUUAAUGAUAAGUUUAAGACUUAAAAUUUAUUUUUUUCCAUGACAGUAGAGCCAAUCACAUCAGAUGAAGUUAGUUAUUUUUAGCUGUAUAAGUAUGGAUUUGUUGGCAGUUUUAUAUUCUUUUACACAUGAAAAAGCUAUUCACAAAAUGUCUCCUUAUUUAAAGAAAGAAAGUGAUGAAAUGCAUUAAAUAUCAUGUAGGAGUCAGCAAUUAUGAUGCCCAUGAACAUCGGGAGACUGUCAUAGAGGCGUCUUGAAGAAGAUUUUUGUCCCGCAUCAAAGAAAUUAGCCUCAUAUUGAGCAAUGUAUUCUUAAAGCUGCAUAAUGUUCUUAUGUCUAUGUAUUUGAUUCAGUUAAUGUCAGAUUUCAUUGCAAAUUAACUUUUGAUGAAAUUUUACCAACAUACUUUGUAUCACAUAAAUCAGAUAUUUUAAAUUAAUGAAGGCUUUUUGGGCUGAAAUCAAUAUUAGUCCUAGUUGUUGUUUAUUUUAUUAUAUUUCAAGUAGUGAAUAAGAAUCUUUCUUAUCAAAUUCAAUUAA